AGACUUUGAAUAAUUCAUUCACACUUACUUAGGUUUAUCCUCCAUGGAAACACUCUCUGUUGAAAGCUUCUCCUAUGGUUGGUUGGUGAACCAAAAUCCCCCUCUUGAUAUAGCCGAUGAUGCUUCUUUCAUCGAGAUGGAUCCUAAUCUUUCGCCCUCGAAAAGAUUUCUUGUUCAUCAGGAUUUCGAUUUCGAUCUCCCAACUUCCCAAUCCCCUACCAAUUUUGUGGAUGCAGAUAAGCUAAUCUUAAAUGGUAUUCUGCUUCCUGUGAACUCAUACGAUGCUCAUUCUCCUGCUACUUUCAACUCUAUUCCGGUUUCUCCUGUCUCUUCAAUCACUCAACGGGACGUUCCUUUGUAUCGUAAGAGUCGUUCUUUGUCGUUACGUAGGUGUAAUAGACUGCCAAAACGAAUCAUACAGAAGUAUAUGGAUUUGGUUAGGCCACUUUGGUGUAGAAUGAGACGGGGAAGGUCUGAUAGUAGCAGGGUGCAAGGCGUCGAAAAUUGGGAAGGUUCAACCGCUUCCGCUCCCAGGAGAAGUGAAGCGUGUUGGGCGGAUCAUCGUCGAAGAUCUUGCGACUCCGAGAGCUCUAUUCAUGAGGCAGUUGUUCAUUGCAAGAAAACCAUCGGUAUGACUUGAGAGUUUCGGUAACCACGGGUGUCUGGUCCAGCUUACGCGUACCUCAACUAAUCCAAUGAGUCUUAAAGUUAACCGUGAGAUAAACCCUCUAGUGUUCCUGAAGAGAUUUGAGUCCGUGACCUCAGGUCCUAUGAGUUGAGCUACCCGGUUACUUAGAGUGUUCUUUCUUGAUGUUAGUUUGUAAAGUCGUGAUACAUUUAAGGAAAGGUGUCUAUUGCCUUCAUGUUGCAAAAAAUGCUUAUUUUACG